UGGGAGGAUAUAUGAAAUAGGGCUGUGUGACGUAAAAUUGUUCUUCGAUUGCUUUGCUUUCAGUACUAUUGCAAGUUCUGAUUAUAAUAUUUUGCAGUGAAUGUUGUGUAGAAAUGGAAUAUUAGUGCUAUAUAAAGAUUGUGUUUUAUGCAACCGAAGCAAAACAAACAAACAAAAAAACACAAGAAAAUUCUGUAAUGUGCAAUUGCGCUAAACUUUCGUGUUGUAAGGUGUUUCCUCUUGAAGUACUUUGGAAAUGUGAUUGGAAAUGGUUAUUUGGAUGCAAACGACGAAUAAAUUGGAUGUACCAUCACAUCACAGUGAUCAUAUAAUAUAAAUUGAACAUGCAGUUUCGCACGUUUCAUAUCUAUACUUUGAAGCUUUGCGAAUAUGUAGUAAUAUUUUCAUUACUAUGCUGUGUAUCUUUUCCCUUUUAAACGUUUAUUAUUGCAAAUUAUUGCACGCUGCUAAAUAAGUGCAUGAAAAGUCAUCCACGCUUCACUGUUUGUGCGAAAGAAAAGCAUUCCAAUUACAUUCAAAUGAUAAAGUAUAGUUGGAAAAAGAAAAAAAAUGUACUCAAGGUAGCAGCAGUAUAUCGAUGAAUUUAGCGUAAAAUUGAAGAAAAAAAAUCGAUUCGCUACCACACAGAAACUAACACUUGCUGUGCAAUGCGAAGACAGGAGAGGAAAAAAAAUCGAUGAAAACAUUUUGCUGCUUACAAAAAAAAAACACACAGUGAAAGAGUGACAGAGCAAGUGGUAACUGACUGUUGAGAGUAAACUGAGAGAAAAUAAUGACACAACGCACAUAUCCACACGUUCACUCUUUACAUUAAUACACCGAGAAGCAUUCCUAGUAGUGAACAUAUCGAGCACGAUUAGAACGCAGUGCGUAUAGAGAAAAGGCUACUACUGUAAGAAAAGGUAAAAGGAUAGGUGAUAUAUAUUAAAAAAAAGAAGAAACGAACAAACCACGGUUGUGCCCAUAUUGGGUCAACCGGUCAAAGAGGUUUAAAAGUCGUUGGACUGCGCAACGGAAGGUUCUUGAGAGACAAACAAAAUUAAACGUGUAUUAUGAACAAACGACACAACAUGGGACGUAAGCGGAUUAGCUUGAUAUCGUUAAUAGGUAUCCUAAGUCUGACGUUUGCAGUUGAAGUUCACUUCGAAACCCCCGACAGUGGAUUUUUUCUGAAGCAUUCUCCGCGACAAAGUGCACUGGCAUCAGUCGUGUCGGGUGCAACUUCUAGCGCUGGCAAGGUACGAUCAACUAAUGGCGAUUCCUUGCUUUCGGUCGAUCGAUUUACAGUAGUACAAACUAGUCAACCCGUGUCCGUGCGUGCUAGCUAUGGGCCUUUUUCUACGAAACAAACAGUACCAGCACGAUACAUCGUACCCGAUGUUAUAGAAAGUACGAAUUCAGACGGUAACACCCCACAAAAUACCACCGUCGCAUUGAUGGACUUACAACAGCAAGCAAAUCUUCAUCUGGACAUAUCAGCUCACGUUGUUCGGAGCACUGUGGCCCGCGAUUCACCGGUGCUUCGUGUUUUGUUUCAUGCUGGUGCCGACCCUGGUGGUCAUUUACAGCGACAAAAAAUAUGCGUGCUUCUUCACGCUUCCAUGGGUAACCGGAUCCCUCUUAAAGGUAGAUGUAUGCCGGAAGGAGAAGAUGGAGUGUGUGUCGCGGAAGUAGUAAUACCAUCCAACUGGUGGCCUGCACUACCACCUCCAGAAAGAGAUGGCCGUGUAUCCAGCACUCCACCGAAAAGCCCACAGAGAUUAGUGCAAGUGUCUUACAGCGUGUUCGAACCUCCUGCUAGAAGUCCUGAGCUAUGUGAGCCGAAAGUGCAGAUUCAACCGUUAACAUCAUUCGCAAAAAUACCCUUAACUCAAUCACAAUUGCCCUACAAAGAACUACGCGCUGAUAAUACACUUACGAUGAUGGUACCACAAAUACCAUUGUAUCCUCUUUCAAAAAUACACGUUCCAGUUUUUCUACAUCCAGAAAAUGGACAAAAUAUUGCAGUAUUCAUAGUAAGAGCUCGUGUGAAAGCCGGCAUGCGCAUCCUUGGCGCUGUGGCAUCAUCAGAUGAGUGGAACGUUUCGGUAGAGAAAGAAAAUACAAAGCACACCGUGGCUCGAGUAACUGCUUUUCGUAAAGACCAGGAUCCUGACAGUCCUACCGGAGGAGUGCGUUUUGAUGAUGUAUCUACAAAUGACGGCGUUGUGGAAGUUUUUUCUUGGUUGCUUGAAGUUUCUAAUGAUACCAAGGAAUAUUGGGAUGGUGGAAGAAUAAUUUGGUCUGUUAGUUAUGUUCAUGAUGGCCCAAAAAUGAAGCUAGAUUUAUCGACCGAAUCUUCACUGAUCAGCAGCACCGGACUGCAAGAAGAAGGUCGGAAGAAAAUAGUGGCAAAACUCGAAAUACAAAAGGAUGACAUUCAAGCUGUAUUACCUAUUGCAAAGAAUUGGGAACUUAUGAAUACCGCCGUUCUAACCGGUAGACAAGUAUCACAGGCCAUGAAAGUAUUCAUUGUAUCACAGGCAGGCAAGAUGGCUGAUGUCACACUCCAGAGUUCAUGUCAGACAGAAGAUGAAAGUGUGAUAAAGGUAUCGUCGUCAUGCAGCUCGGUUUACAUAGAUGGGUCCGAAGUAAGAGGCUCAUCCAAUGCCUCAAUAUUGGUAAAAUAUGGAACAUAUUCCGGACUUGCGCGUUUCACCGUGUGGAUGCCUGAAUUUCCCUUAGAGGUAUCUGUCGCCGAUUUUCGAUUAUCUCAGAUCAAAGGUUGGAAAAUUCCGGAAGAUCAUAGCACUGCAAACGGGAAGCCAAAUCGACGUAAGAAACGAGCAUAUGGCAAUGGUGGUGCUUGGGGUCAUCAUAACGAUGAUUUCAACAAUGGCGUUUCGCCAGAAAGGGGCGUUUGUCGUGCAAGAUACCAACAAAGUCCGGUGGAAGUAUAUGCAAGGUUUGUAGCAGUGGAUCAAGAUUCAGGACGUGUCAGUUAUUUAAUUUCCCGCCGAACUGGUCUGCGAGUUACGGAUUUGGUUCAAUCGUUAUUGCGAGUUGCAGAUCCAAAAAUUGCCAGUUUAAGAGGACGAACACUUCAAGGGCGUGCUAUGGGCCGCACGGAUGUUCAGGUUCUCUCUCCUAUUAAUGGUAGAGUUAUAGGUGCUCGUGAAGUACGUGUGGGUAGUGACAAAGUGACUAUCACGCGUUUGACGGUAAAAGUGGUUUCCGGAUUGCAAUUAUCAAUAUCUGGCGAUGGUUCCAUCGAUAAUGGAUAUAUCGCUGAAACUUCAGUUACACGCAGGUUAACUGCACAGUAUCAGGAAGGUCUUCUUGACAUUGAACUAGAAUUUUCUGAUGGAUCCAGAACACCGCUCAGGGAUAUUUCGGUUGAUGAUUAUUUCCUCCUGGUUGAAAGUCUUGAUACGGAAGUAGUUGCCUUUGCACCAAUGCUUGCAUCGCAUCACCCGCGAGUGAUUGCAGUUGGAGAAGGAAACGGAGAGUUACUACGAGUUACCUUACUCCUAUCCGAGGAAUGCCGUAUUCGUCGUAAUAUGCCGGUUUCCAAACAGGGUAUGAAGACAUCUGUUGGCCCGUUGGUUAGUGCUCUUGCAUCGGUACAAGUUGAUUUCAGUGAAUCAGACACGAAUACCAGAUCCGAUACAUUACAGAACGAUGGUGCUGUGGGUCGAGAUCGUAACAAAAUGGGGAAAGAUUUAAAUGAUUUAGAAGACAUACUUAUUGGGAUUCCGCUGCAGGAUGAUAAUGGUCACGAAACCGCAGCUGUUGUGCAUUCUUCCAGGCAACAUCAUCGAGGAAGUGUAGGAGGUGGCAUUAUUAGCAGUAACAGUGGGAUGGUUGGAGUUUUCUCAUCAAACAAAAGUAUGGUCCAUGGCGAUGCAUCCACACUAGAGAUAGGCAUGUACAUUGUAUUGACUGCAUUUUGUUUGGCGAUUGUCGUGUUUGUGGUGUCGUGUGUCGUGUAUGCGUCGAAGUAUCGACCCGUUAUGAUUGAUGCAAAUGGGGAUGCUAGCGUACGCGAUGGUAUGGGACAUUCAACUGUGUUUGAUGUUGGAAAAGGUAACGAGUCGUGUGCUACCAAUGCGCACGAUUGGGUUUGGUUAGGCCGAGCAACUGUUGAUCGUUCUAACGCGGAUGGUUUAGAAAUGGGUGUAAAUCAAAAAGACUCACGGAUGCACAUUAUCAGUAAUCCAAUGAACUCGAAAUAUGAUGAUAUGAGCGAACACGUCGUUCAAAUUAAUAGUUUCGAUAAUCCAAAUCAUAUACAAUUGCCAUCAACUGUAGCUGUACCUUUUCAAAAUAAUCGAGCAGGAUUAGGAACAAACGAGAAAUCAGUUGCACCGAUUAAUUCCUGCACAUAUAAGACACGUGAUCGACACACUGCUACCAUAAACGAUGAGGCUUCUUUGCUUCCACAACGGAGUAUGGCAACAACGGUGGUAGAUCGUAUCGAAUACCGUCCACCAGUUCCACCACAUCGUAAUAUUGGUGUAACUGCUCAAGUUUCUAAUAAGCAAAUGCCAAUUGACACCGUUCCUCAGUUAAAAGCAUCGAAGCGUUAUCAUCAUCGCCCUCCCAGGAACAGCGGUGGAAUUGUGCUCAGCAAUGUGGGUAGCAGUUGCUCGAGAACAAAUCCUGCUUUUGAUAUACAGUUACAAAACGUUUCGGGAUUGCAACAGCGUAACAUAAAUCAUACUCAGCAGCAACUAAAUUUGGCGCUCUUCAACAACGGUAAUGCUAAUCAUGCUAAACAGUACGAAUCGGUGCAACCGAUGCCAACUAGAAGGACGAACAGAUCACCGCAUUCGUUUGAAAACAUGGGCUUCUCUGUCAUGUCACUAUCUAUUGCAGAAAACUUUCAAAACGGUGAAAAAAACCAGCAGCAGCAUCGACCACCAAAAGAAUUGCAUAUGGCUGAGCGCUUGGUAGAACAACCAAAUGAUCAACAGACGGCAUUUAAAUUUGACACUAUUAAUCAACAUCAAAAAUAUCAUCAACCAUUUGCAUGCCCUAAAUCAUCAAUACCAUCAGUUGAGACCACUAUGAAUCCCGGCGAUCGAAGGAGUGCAAUUUACAGUCAAAAACUCCAGCAGCAACGAACAAACGAACCCUUUGAAAAAACGCUCGAUGGUGUUUGCAAAGUUGGCAAACCACAACACAUCGAUGAGGAAGAUUGCCAAAAAAGUGUCUCUCUUUCCUCGGAUGACGAUGGCGGCUUUAUCCCAACAGUUGAGCAGACCUGUAGAAAAAAUAAUGUUAAUAUGGAAAAUACUACGCCAGCCUUUGUUGCGUCCAUGAUGGCAGCAACGAAAAAAGCGAACAAAAAACCGACAGUAGUAGGAAAUCCGAUGUUUUCAACUACACCAGAUAGUGAAUUGGGUCCGGGAGAAAGUCUUGGGUUAGAUGAUCUAGACAUGGAUUACGAACAAAUUAUGCAUUACUUCGAUAAUCUGAAGGAAUCGAACGCCUGAGUGCAGGAGAUCAUUGCAAAGAUUCGCGAAAUAUUAGCCACGUUUCAGCAGCAAUAUAGAAACGUGGCGAAAACACCGCUGUCCAGUCCAAGCUGUAUUCCCGGUAUGAAAGAUCCUAACUUUGAGCAGUUUUUUGAACAUUUAAGUGAAUCAUACGCUUAAAAAUGAUAAAGGCUAUUGUAGGUUUUACUGCACCAACACAACAUCUGCCUCAUAUCGCUGCAAAAGUAUAGCAAUGUUGUCAUUUAAAAAAAAACCGAAUGAUGUAAUUACAAAACGUCCGUACAAAGUGACCACAAUCAGCGAUUGUGACUUAUUGUUCUUAGACAUAUUUUUGAAACAUUUAUUUAUUAUUAGGUGCCAUAUCACCUAGCGAAGCUUAGUGUAAUAGCAUUUAUCUUCAUACAUACCAGUGCUUGAGCGUGCUAGAAGCGAAAAAAAUGAACAAUGUAUAUUUUUAUCAUAUUUGUAAUGAAUCUCAAUCCACAACGUAAUUUAAGCUACUGCGCAAUUGAGUUCCGCGUUAUAUUGUAGAGAUCUCAGGUUUUAGUUUUAGCUUUUUCCAAAUAUUAUUGCCCAUUAAAUCUAGGUGUGCUGCUGGAUACAUUUUCACUUGAGAAAUUUGAACAACACAUCAGUUUUUAUUACAUCUAUUACAAAAGGUAUAAUCAUUAGUGUGCUGCUAUGUUUGAUUUCGAUUUUUAUCUGACUUAAUUUCCCUAUAAGUAUAAUUUUACUCAAGGAGCGGAUCUACAAAUUUUGCGAAUUUGCAGUGAUCUAAAGAAAAAUCUAUCGAAUAUCUUAACAUCAUAAUAAUAUCGUCGAAGUCAAUAGAAUAAAUAUACAUAAAUAUAAUGGAUUAUUGCACCUGAUGUCAUGUGAGCUUACAAAGCGAAAUUCACGUAUUGAAUUGGAAAACGUAAAUCUAAUUAAAUAUAAUGCUACCUAGUACGACAUUCUAAACCUACUUCGAAUGUUGUACAUUUGCUGUAUUAAAAAAUACUAUACAAUUCUAAACUCAGCAUGACCAGGCUAGUUCAUGGUAAAGCAAUGCGUUAAGUACUGAAUGUGUAUGCUAUGGUCUUGUAAAAUAUAAUGCAUGAAAAUAUCAUACAGUUGUAUAAUGCAGUGAAAACCUAUUGUAAAAAAAACAGAACAAAUGUAACAUUAGCAUGACUACACGUCAAUCGAAUUGUUUAGAAUCUGUUUCACUAAAACAAUGCGUUUAUGUUAUCGAAAUAAAUUCACUGCCUGCGUUUUGUUCCGUAUUCCAUAAUGAGUACGAUGAUGUUCGUAAUGCAGCGGAAAUAGAAUUUUAUAGCCAUGAAUAUUUUGUUGAAGAAAGGCUAACAGAUUGUAUAUCGUACAAGACAUACAUUAUGACAUAUGUAUUCAACCAAGUGUGACAGUAAAAUAGAAAGUAGUAAAUGCAAAGAUAAAAUUAAACAAAAUAAUUACGAUUAUCUAUGCAUUAUGCAGCGAAAAUUUAGCUAAAUGAGUCAUUGACCAAAUUAAAUGUAUAUAAAGCUAUACAUAUAAAUGGCGCGGUAUGUAAACAAGCACACUUGCUUGUUUAUUAAUUUGAUACAUUUUGAUUGCAAACACAAGGUGCGAUUUGCAAGAAAUCACACAAAAUGGUUUGGAAGUAUUUUGAGUAGAUCUGCAAUAAAGAACUGCUUUUUGGAUGCUGCAUAUUUUGAACGUAUAAAAACAUUACGGCUGGGAGAGUUUCGGAAAAAUGCUCUUAUUACGAACGAAGUAAAGCAAACAACGGCAUGCUUAGUGGAUUGGUUUGGUUAUCGCUGGAAUUAACAUUCCGCAAAUUGUUAAUUAUUGCAACAACUAUUUUUAGUACUUAUACAUACAUACUUAUACUCACAAUCAAUGUACAAACAUUUUUGCUGUAAUAGUGAAUAUGUAAUGAUUAUACUGUGUACUGUAGAUACCUAAUAUAUUUUGCUAAUUUCGUUCAUUUAAUUGUAAAUGAUCAUUUGUACCAACAAAUAUCUCUUCCUACUGCAAAUUUGUGUUAUAUGUAAUUAUUCUGAUCAACAAUGAAUACAUAAAAAAUCGAAAAUUUCCCACAAAUUUACUCUAUGUAUAAUUAAAUUAUAGCUCUUAAGAAAACUCAUAAGAAAUAUCUUGUGCAAGAUAGUAAAACCUUUAUACCAAAAAUUAGCUUUACAACAUUUAUAAGCUGCCUGCAAAUGACUUACUGCGUGACGUUCUACACUUGCACAUGUACUCAGACCUAACCAGGUCAUACAUACCAACGACGAUAGUUUUGUUAAACUAAAUCACUAAACUACAGCUCGAUUCCCGCUAAUAUUUGUAACCUUUGCUUCUAAAAAAAUCCGUGCCAUAAAAAGGUGAUUCGCAAAAUAGUAUAACGGAAAGAGAUGCACGAUGCAGUGCAGAAUAAUCCCUGUUUUGAAAUUUGUAAUAGUCUCUCAGUUUUAUAAACAGGUUUAUCCCAUAUAAGAAGAAAAAAAAGUUUAGGAUAGCAGAGAAUAUUCUAACAUAGCUUUUUUUGGCACAUUAUUUUAUCACACAGCACAUUUGAUUGAUUUGUACAUCGAUUUUAAAUAAUCGGAGGAUUGCUUUUUUAAUCUGUUAAUCGACGCUUUUGCGAUAUGUGCAUGACGAAUCGAAUCAGCUAGUUUGUAACGAGUAAAACCUGCUUAUUGAGUACUAGUUACAGAUGGGUUACAGCUGUUUAUCAGUUUCGGUUUUGAAUAUCUCACGGAAUACGGAAAAUAUUCUCAAAAGUAUAAAAUAUAUUAAAUGGAAGUGACGAUUAUUAUUAUCACGGAAUAUAUACCAUUACAAUUUGCGCUUCCAUGGUGGAUUACCUGAAAGUUAGCAUUUGCUACGCCGAUGAGCGUCAUUCGUUAGCAGAACACAUCGUUUACCAAAAUGUUAAAGCGCUUGUUGUUGGUGCUUUUUUCUAUAGUGUUAAGCGAUAAUUUAUUACUUUUGUUCUCUUCACAAAAUGAAAGAAUUGCUAGAUAUUAGGUUUUAAUUUUGCUUUAAUGAGUUCGUCAUAUUUACCUACAUGCAACGUAAGGCAAGAAUCAGUUUUAUGUUUCAACUAAAUUAAGGUUCAAGUAAUGUAAACCCAUGAAAUAUAAAAAUGUCAAAGGUGAUGAUUGAUGAUUUUUCCACAACAAUGUGCUGUGUUGUGCAUGAGUAUAACGCUCAUGUACGGCCUAAAGUGCAGUAUAACCCAACACAAUGUAUACCCUGAUUAAAACAACAAAGCCAAUAUAUGAAGGAAUGGUUCAAUAGUAAACCAAAAUUAGAAAAUGAGUAAGAAAAUUGCUUCGCUUAAAAGAAAAUCAGUCUAAUGCAUGUACUCCUGCAAAUAAAUGGAUUAUGUAUUAAUUUGUUCAUCUACUAUUUUUACUCAAAAACUGCAAUGUUUAACACAUAUAAGGACAACAAAACUGUAUAAUACUUAAAAGAGCUUGAAUAUACACGUAAAUGCGCUAUACUUUUAACAUGCAAAAAAAAAACUCGAAAACAUAUAUUCUAAUUAUGUAAUACAUUUAUCAUCAAAUACCGAUCAUUUAAAAUUAUUGAAAAAACUAUCAAUUAAUUUAAAAAAACAUGGUAAUCUAUAAAUUUACCUAGAUUUUGACAUGUAACAACAAUAGGCAAUAAUAGAAAUGUUUAAGAAAAUUAUUUUGAAGUGGUAAUUUUCGUCAACCACAGAAAGCUUAUGUGAAUUUAUGUGUUAAUUUAUUAAUCAUUGGUAUGCAACAAUCUAAACCAAGAAGAACGUGUGGCCAUUAAUCGGCCAUAUGGAAAACAAACAUUAUAUAUUUAACAGAAGCAUUAAUGUAUGCAAAAAGUGUGCGGCAGCGCGCAUGAAAAUAGAAUGGAAAUGAAACAUAGACUAAAAAAAACAUUCUAAAGGAACAUAUGCGUGAACUACGUCAAGUAAGCUUAGUACUAAAUUGGAUGUACAUUUGUGUUUCUGAUAUUGCGUGAUGCCAUAAAAUGCUCAACUGUUAUAACCAAUACAAAUCACAUCCCAGAUGACAAAUACAUACUCAUACCUACUGCAAUAGAAAUACAAAAACAAACUUGAGUACACAUUGGAAUAAAACAAUAUGAAAGAUGGCAAGCGGUCAAUAUAAA